AGAUAAUCUCAAUAACGAAUACGAAUCCCACAAAGAAGAGAAUCUCAAAGACGUCAAAUCGGGAAAAGCGUCUUGGAAAGAGCAGCUUGCGAGCGAGAGUGAGGCGGAUGUGAAAGCUGACAGAGGAGAGUCGUCGGCGACGGCGAGCGUUGAUGAUGUUGUGAGGGGAGCGAAGGAGGCUGUGGCGAAGAAGGGGAAGAAAUGA